AUGGCGAAAGUUGAAGAAUCUACGAUCCAAAUCCCGAAAUAUAUACACGACAACGAAUUUAUCGGCGCAGGUCUUUCUGCUUGGGUGCAUCGUCUUGAUGCUGUUGUGAAGUCUUUCCCUUCCAACCUAGCGAAUGAGAAAGAUAAAGAGAUUGCAGUAUAUAGGCGACUUGGGCAGGGAGGGAGCUGGUACAGUGGAAUUCUACGAUUUUAUGGUAUUUUGGAUGACACAAGUAUUGUUCUCCAACAUGCGCCUUAUGGCUCCAUUAGGAACUACUUUCGCCAAUGUCAUUCCCAACCAGUACCUCUUUCGACAAAACUUCGCUGGGCGGAGCAAGCAGUCGGCGCGGUCGCGUUCCUGCAUUCCAAGAACAUCUUUCAUUGCGACCUCUCUUGCAACAACAUCUUCCUCGACAAGGACAUGAAUGCCGUUAUCGGCGAUUUUGCCGGAUCAUCAGUCGACGGGGGGGAGUUCUUUUCGUGGUAUGAGACAAGCCACAGCCCCCCGGAUAUCUAUUCACCCUCAACAAAGACAGAGAUCUUCGCUCUCGGCUCUGUUCUAUACGAAAUUAUGACCCAAGAGAAGCCCUUUCAAGGCUUAGACGAACACUUGAUUGAGGAUGCUCUCAGGCGCCGUCAGUUUCCUAGCCUGGAUUUACUCCCUAUGCUUAAAAUUCCUAUCACGAAGUGCUGGAACCAGCAAUAUGAAACAAUCAAUGAGCUACUACAGGAUAUAAAAAAUGAAGACACACCUUUGGGAGAGGAGGUGGACAUAAUGGACAAGGACCAGGGCGUCUCGUCGAGCCCAAUUUAA